CAAAGAGGUGCUCUGUGCAGCAGCAGCGGCAGCAGGGGUCCCACAGCCCUGAACCCAAGCCUUGACGACCUCACUGUUCUCCAUGACUUGUGGACGAGGACCUCUGUGACCUGACAUGAGAGGUGUCAUAUCCCCGGCAGUGAACAGCCAGCCAUGGAGCAGCAGGCCAGGGUACUGAGGACGUUCCUGGCCCAGCUGGAGAGACAGGAGGCUGCCGAUGAGGACGCACCGAAUGGCUUUGCUGGGGAGUUUUCUAGAUUGAAAAGCCAGUCAACCAAGUAUCGCACUGACAAGACCUUCCCCACCAAGACAGCAGACAAGCAGGAGAACACCAAGAAGAACCGAUACAAGGACAUUGUUCCCUUCGACCACAGCAGAGUGAAGCUCAUUUCCACCACAACUAAAAAUGACACAGACUACAUCAACGCCAAUUUCAUCAAGGGGGUGUCACGGUCCAGGGCGUACAUUGCUACUCAGGGUCCUCUGCCCCACACGGUGCUGGACUUCUUCAGGAUGCUUUGGGAAUAUAACAUAAAGGUCGUGGUGAUGGCCUGUCGAGAAUUUGAAAUGGGGAAGAAAAAGUGCGAGCGCUACUGGCCACAGAAACACGAGCAGCCAUUUGUUUGUGAGCCCUUCACAGUUCACUGUGACUCUGAGGAAUCUAAAGGAGAUUAUCUGACAAGGACGUUGAGGGUGACUUUCCGCAAUUGUAGUCGAACUGUGAAGCAGCUGCACUAUGUGAACUGGCCAGAUCACGGCGUGCCCGACGCCAUCCCCCCCAUUCUGGACAUGUUGCAUGAGAUGCGUUCCUACCAGGCCCACGAUGACGUCCCCAUCUGCAUCCACUGCAGCGCCGGCUGCGGCAGAACAGGAGCCCUGUGUGCCAUCGAUUACACCUGGAACCUGCUGAAGAAACAGAUGAUCACUGCAGAUUUCCACAUCUACGACUUGGUUCAGGACAUGAGGACCCAGAGGCCGUCAGUGGUUCAAACCAAGGAACAGUAUGCGCUGGUGUACAGGACCAUCAAGCUGCUGUUUAAGGGAUACCUGCACGCCGUGGAUUCACAGAAAUGCAGAAAUGAGGGGACGAUGGUCUCAUGUGCUGUCCCGCCCGACUCUGAAAACAAGCUUCCGGACCAGGAGCUGGUUUUGCUGAGUCAGCAGAAUGAGGAGAGGGACGUUGCACCACAGCUCCACCAUCCCUCGCCCUCCACUCCGGAAAAUCUCAAUGCCUCGACCUCCAGGGAGAAGCACAUGGACCAGCAACAGUGGAACCUGCUCCGGGCCUCUCCUGACGGGGGGGUCACCGGCGGCCGGGACCUGCAGGAGGGACCCGGGACCUCGCCCCAGCUGGUGCACACGAGCCAGAGCGCCGCCCCAGCAGAGGAGAGGGAGAACCUGCCGUCGCUGAACCCUCCACCUUCACCAGCCGUCGCCAUUUGUAUGAUGGUGGAGGACCCGUACUUUGACAGCCCAAUGAACUCGCCUCUAUCUGAGGAGGCUCCCAUGGACUCUGCUGAAGACACCAGACCAUGGACGGUCACACCCUCCUUGUCUCUGAACGAUCAGCCCCUAGAAGAUGACACGCCUGCCUCAGGUGCUGAGGAACCUCACACGGAUGAGGAGGCCCCUCCUCCGUUACCUGAACGAACGCCUGAAUCCUACGUUCUGGCUGUGGACGCAGCGCCCUCAGAUCCCUGUGAAAGUUUAUCGGUCAUUAUCCCUCAAAAUGCUGCUGCUGACGCUGUGAGGGAGUGGCAAGGCAGGUCGCCGUCACCUGUGCCGCCACUUCCAGAGCGAACGGCGGAAUCUUAUGAGCUGGAUUUAGAUCAAGCUCCCGUGGAGCAGAACUCCGAGGUCACGCCAGCUGUGAACCUGAAGCGAAUAGGAACGUCUUCCGAAUGGUCAGGUGACUCAAAAUCAGCUUUGAGCGUGAAUACGCAUGAGAAGAAAACUUGGAUGAGGAGUAAAAGUCUGAGAGUGAAAACUACGCUCACAGCCCCAGUGACACGUCUCAGUCUCGCACCAAACUCCACAUCAGAGCUCCAUCCCUUCUUUCCUCCUCUGGAGCCACUGCCUCCUCCGCUGCUUCCUCACAAUGACAACAGUUGGACUGACAGAACUCCAGAGUCCUUCAUCCCCAAAACAGACGCCGUUCAGGAGAAACCUGCCCUCUGGCUGCAGCCCUCAGAAACAGCACCUCUCUCCCACAGGGUGGGUUUGUCGGCUGAGUGGGACGGCAACUCUCAGCCCAAGAAAUUCCUCGAUGUGGUCAUGAGCAGAAGCAAGAGUGUUCGAGCUAAAAGUUCAAAACAAGAGCCCCUCGGUGCAGUUUGGCAGGUCGCUCCUCCUCCCGUGGUCGUAACGGCAGCAGGAAGUGUACGAGUGGAACCGCCCGAUGUGAACCACAGGCCCUCGCCAAGCGCCGAGCCCUCAGGGAACCAAUCAGAGAGAGGCAGCGAGAAGGGGAUGUCAAGAACAAGGAGUCUCAGGUUUUUUAGACACAAACAAAAACCUAAAAAUGCACCUCCACCACCUCCUACUCACCCGGAAGCUGCACCUCCGACCUCGACCUCUGCCUUUAAAUUUGGAUUUGGAAACCGUUUUGGAAAACCAAAAGGCCCGAGGAGUCACCCAGACACUUGGUUCUGAGGCCGCUGCUCUUCACACAUCAGCGCUGGAGCUUUUUUUGGUGACUCGAGACAUUUGGACGUUCCACAGACAUGAGAAGCCACAAGGGCCUCGUCUCUGUCCUCGCCGAGAACCAACAGGAAGUGCCUCGCCACCUGCCUUGUGCCUUUUGUACUGCACAUGAACUGAAGUGGAUUUUGAUGCUUGACCAAGACAACAAGUCUCUCUAUAGAAUAAUGUGUCUAACUUGAUAAAUAUAUUUUUCCUAACUAUAUAUGUUCGGUUGUGUGUAUGUGUGUGUGUGUUUGUGAUUUCAACAUGAGAUAAAAAAAAAAAAAAAACGGGUUUGACAGGACACACUGUGAACCACGUGUGACAUUCUGGAUUCUUUUUAAAAGGAUUUUAAAAGCAUCGUCUUCUAAAAGAAUCGUGAACAUUUAGAAAAACGAUAUCAGUGAAUGUGAUGCAUAUUGAAUAUGCAGGAAAUGUAACUGUCUUAAAUAAACAGGUUACACAGAAAAAGUAUUUAU